CCUGGGACUCUGUCGCAUCUCCUCCGUCAGACCUCCGCCCGCCGACGGCCGAGACCAGAGGGCAGGCGAGGCUCCGCCCCCAGGCCGGUUGCCGUGUCCCCUCUGUCCCCUGACGCUCCCGUCAGAACGCCUGCUGGACGUCCACGUCCGGUCGCACCGAGCCGCCGGCGGCUUCGGCUGCAGCCGCUGCGGCCGAACUGCCGACAGCUGGGAGGCGCUGGAGCCGCACUGCAGGAGGCGCUGCAGGAGAGGAAGGAGGAGGAAGUGGAGGAGCAGCAGGACGGGUGGAGGAUCUUUGGCUGCUCAGCGUUCCGAUUGGCCUUCAGACAGGUGGAGGGCCCGGCUGACUGCACCACAAGACACAAAGAGGCGGAGCUUCCUGAUGGCAGAGCGUCUCCUAUUGGUCGACCUCUGAAUCUCCCCGGGCCAACAGCCAAUCAGAAAGCAGCAUGUGAUCCGAGCAGCUCUGCUCCCAGUCUAACCAGUUUGUGCCAGUCUGGUUCGUCCCAGGUCGUCUCACCAAUCAGGAAUGAGGAGCAGGUGAGCCUCACCUGCUCUCUGUGCCACAGGAAGUUCUCCUCUAAGCUGACUCUGAGACGACACCUGGGCGUCCACGGAGCAGAGAAACCGUUCACCUGUCCUCACUGUCCCUACAGCAGCCGGCUGAAGGCCUCGCUGAGGCAACACCUGAGAACUCACACAGGUGAGAAGCCGUUCAGGUGUGCCGAGUGUCCGUACGCCUCCAUCGACCGCAGCUCCCUGCUCAGACACAGCAGGACUCACAGCCAGGUGAAGCCGUAUCGCUGUCAGCUCUGUGGCUACAGCAGCAUCCAGAAGAAGAGCCUGGACCUCCACGCUCGCCGCCAUCACACAGGUGAGGUGUUUCCAUGCCAACUGUGUGAGUACUCCAGCCCGGACCGCCAGCUGCUGCUGAAACACACGCGAAGACGCCACGCCCCCUCCCUGAUCCCUGCAAUCUGAUUGGCCCGAUACCUCUCCAGGUGCUGCUUGCAUGUUUACCUGGACGAAAUAUUCUGACUUUUACUGGACAUGAAAAUAAAGACGUGAAAAAAAGUUCUUUUAUCAAGUGAAAAUUUGUAACUUCUGAAAACACCUGGAAAACA